GGGCACGAUAGUUGCCAUUAAUAACCCGUUCCCUUGGAUCUCACUAAAAUCACGUCAUCAUAUACUCAUUUACAAACAAAACCAACAAAGACAAGAAAAGCAUAGUAAUAAUAUGGAGGGUCAACAAACUAUUUCUUUCGUGCCUGUUAUUGCACGAUUGGAUCGUCUUGAACGUGUGGUAAAUUCUUGCCUUUGAGUUCCGAUCAUAUUUGCCUCGCGCAAUUUCUUUUUUGUUCACCAAACUAAAUCAACAAAUCAAAAAGUAUGAUGGUUAUUAUUUACUUUACUAUUUGGAUGGUGAAAUUUUGAGCAUAUAUGUAUAUGUAUGUAUAUAAUGUGCUUAUGCAGCUCCUCCUUCUGGAAGAGAAAUUUAAUAAUAAUAGAGUUUCAAGACGACACGAAUCAGAUGAUGAUUUCGGCACGGCAGAUACCAACAAAGAGUGCAAGACUCUGUCCUCAGCUUUAGAAGAAGUCCAACACAAAGGCACACUCCUACACCGCCUCGCACUUCUCGAGAAUCGUGUUUUACAGUAUCUGCAGCUAAGCCUGGAAAUGGACGAGGGGAACACAUCUAAGUCAAGCUUCUCAACAGUUGAAGCAUCCGAAAACACUGAAAAACGGUUGGAAAUGAUUGUUCCCAAUAGGCCGGUCGACCAUCUGGCGGGAAUUAAACCCAAAACACAACAAAUACCAAGUCAAGCAGAAGGAUUUGUGAAAGAAAUAACAUCUCAACAUAAAGGCGGACACAGAAAGAAAACCAAAACGAGAUGGCUAGGCCUGCACCGACUUGGAUGUUGACCAUUUUUAUCUUUGGGCGGAUAAAUGGCCACGUUUUUUUUUUCUUUUUCUUUUAUUUUUCGUACCAGUUUUUAAAAUAACAAAUAAAAGUAUCAAAGCAUUAUGCAAUGAAAUAGUGAACUAUAUUGUUUUAUGUUUUGUUUUCUUAUUUUUCUGUUAUUAAUUGGAAGCUGCAGAAAUGUAGGAUUAUAGAUGAUAAGAAUCGCUUAAAUAGAGAGAGAAGUUGGAGAGGAGGAUAGUCUAUUAGGGUUUUGGGAUACUUGAAUAUAAG